AAUGUUUUGCUGUCAAAUUUAACGUUUAUAAUUCCAUUUCUAUUGUCAGUGACUAAAUAUAUCAUAUACAUAAAAUUAUAGAAAAUGGAUAGACGUAUAAGCAAAUUAAGUAAAUUAAGCAAAUUAAGUAGAUUUGAUACCCAAAAAACUGUAGACAAUGAACCUCAAAUUACAUCUCCUUUUCCUGAAGAGCGUAUUAUGGCAAGAAGAUUGCGAGUUCAGAAGAGAAAUGCUGCUGCAAAGAAAAAAUUGAUGCAAAGCGAUGAUGUUGCAAAGGAGCCUUCCAGUGAAGAGGAGGAAACAGUUCUGGAACAACAGGUGGAGAAAAGUACUGUAGAGUUGUUGACACUGACGCAUGAAGGAAAAGAAUUGAUAUCAAACGUGCGAGUGGCUGCCGAUGCUCACGAAGUGAAACGGAGAGCUGACCAAGCAGCGGCGAAAGAAGCGAGAAUAAAAAAGCUGGAGGAAGAGGCAAACCUCGCUCAGCAGAAGUUUAACCAAAUUAACUCCAAAUGGGAGAACAUAACCCUGUUGAAUGAUCCUUUAGAUUUGCACCAAGAAACAGAAAGCCAGAGAGAGAAAUGUAUUGACCUGAUCACUCAGAAAGACAAGCUGAUUGAGGAGCUGAAAGCUGAGUUGAAGGCAGGAGACAUUCGGUUUGUGAAAGACCAACAAAAACAAGCAGAGGACAUCGGACUUCUGGUUGAGAGGAUUGACAACCAGAUCACCAUCAUGAGGCGAGCCUAUCGCCGUGAACUGGUUCUCAUUGAGGAAGCCAUUGAUAUUGAACGUGAAGAGACUAUGGACAUUAACAACAUGCGGUGGCAGGCGUUGUACAAACAGAGAGAAGAUAACGAGAUCUUCAACUUGGAGCAGAGAUUUGUUGCUCUCUCUGAACACAAUAAUUUGAUGCACAAUAUCAUGGUGCACCAUCAGGAAAAGUUCCGGGCCACCAAAAUAUCCCUGGAGAAAGAUAUUCAGGUGCUGCAGCAACAGUUGGAGCAAGUGAAAGCUAUUUGUCUGCUGAACAAAGAGAAGAUGGAGUACAACUAUCAGGUGCUGAAAAAGAGGGAUGAGGAAAGCUUGCUGAUUCGUUCUCAGCAAAAGCGGCGUAUUAACAAACUACAGGACAUUGUUACGACGCUGCGGCGCAAGCUCAUGCAGAUGGAGCAGAGUACACAGGCCGAGGUGAAGAGACUCACGUCUGAAGUCAUCAAGUUGCACAGAAACAUUAAGGAUAUCCAGCUCAAAGCAGAGCACUUCUGUUCUGUCAACGAGACCAAAUACUUUCAGUUGUGGAAGUUCAACCAUGAUUCUGCACAGAAACUGUUAGACAAGAUUUGUUCAAUAGACCGAUUGGUUCAUGAGCAGCAGCUGGGUAUCAAGUGGCGACCUGUAGGAACGGUGUCUCUCACCAGGCAAAAUCUACCCUCAUACAAGGCAGCCAUAGAGAGACGUGACAGUGGCACACUUGAAGGAGGACAAAGACUUCAGGGACAUUCAGGAAGCACUGACAAUGAGAGGUUACUACAACACAUUCUGGAGGCGGUGGCUGACAGGUCUGGGUUCCUGGUGGAGGAUCGGCUGACAGUGUUACUCGCCCCUUACACACGCUCACAGAACACCCUGGUUCGCAUCGACAACGUAUUCAGUGCUCUAGGAGUGACGAGACCAGAAGAUAUAGAACUGCUGCGACAGACAAUGGAACCCUACAUAGUGUGUGUCACCUGUCAACCCCUGCUAGAGGCGGUUCACCCCAUCUCACCUCCCGCCAGUCCUCCCCCGUCAACACCGACUGAAGAUGAAUUGAAGGUUCGUGUGAUGAAGAAAUUUCAAGAUACUUUAGAAGAAGGAGAAAAAAUCACACAGAAAAAACAGGAAAAGUCUGAAGAGGAGAUACUAAGUCCCGAUGACCAGAAGGUGUCAACUAUGACAGGAGAUAGCUCAUCAGUCACACCGUGGGUGACUCUCAGUGCCAUAGAGAUACCUGAUCACAGCUUUAUAUCAAUCUAUCCUUCAUCAGUUCACACUGCUAAGAGUGUUGCACCGUCCAUGUACACAUUGGUGGUGUCUCGUCGGCCUGAAACCACGCCACAGUCAUCCGAGCAUGUCUCAGAGUCUGAUAUAUCUCAGGUGGAAUCCUUAGCUCCAGAUGCUCCAGUAGCGCCUGAUCAGGAGCUCACUUCUAAGGAGCCCCAUGACCCUAGGCAUGUGUUUUCUAUAAAUCCUGUGUAUGUGCUUAAAGCUUUGCGAGAAUUUGUGGUCAAAUUCCAAGCCAUGAAGCAUAGUUCUAGACAUAACUGGAGCUCACUGGUGGGGAAGGAAGAGGGGACGAAGUCCAUCUCCAGACAGAUUACUGACUCCGAUGUCAGGGAGUACUGGGAGCAGUUCCGCACUGCUUUCCCUCCAGAGAGGGAAAAGAUAUGGGACUGCCUUUACAUGGGCCUUCAGAAAUAUCACACUAUACUGCAAGAAAGACACAGAAUAAACAAUGAAAUUGAACAACUCAAAAUACAGAAUUCGGAACUGAGAAGAUUACUCCAGAAGUAUGCUUUACCUAAUAAUAUGAAGCCAACAAAGGGGCCACGACAAAAUCUGCCCCCGCUCUCAUUAAAAACUCCACCCGCCCCCGCUCCUACCCCUGCCAGACUACUUCUCACUUUCAAUAAUACUUCCAGAUUGUAAAUUGAUAGUAAAGAGAUAUUUUGAUGCA